CUAACUGUUGGAAAUUAGGAUCGAAUCUACCUAACUUAACGUCAGACGGUUGGUUCAAAGUUUUAAGUUUUUCCGGAAAGGUCUUUGUUGCACAAAUUACAGUUCCUCGAUCUUGGAGUCUUCUCACCAAGAAAUUAAUGAUGACCUCUACUAAAAUGCAAGACAUUCAAUUUGUAUUUGAUACUAAACAUUCAUUUUGUGAAGAUAUACUUAAAAUUAAACCGCCUUAUACCCUAACCUUGACAGUAGAGGAGUUAAUUUUUCCCUGCCCUAAUUCCCGCCGUGCAUUGCAAUAUCAAAAAAACCCUGAGACUUGCAAACCACCUAGACCGCCUAAUGCUUAUAUGAUAUUUAGAAAAAACUAUAAUGCCGAAAUUAAAUUAACAAAAGGAAACCUUGCACUAAAAGAAAUAUCUCGUUUAGCUUCCCAGAAAUGGGAUGUCCAAAACGCUGCUGUCAAACAUUAUUUCGUAAAGCUUGCUAAAGCAGCGAAAGAAAAACAUAUCGAAAGAUACAAAAAUUAUAAAUACGUUCCAAAUAAAAAUCGAAUAAAGAAACCAUCAAAAAUAACACCGAAUAAUAUCGAGGCCAAGACUGGCCAAACCUUGCCCUCGGAUGGGGCUUUCACG